AUGGCCCGCGUUCCAUUUAUUGGACGACUUUUCUGGUUUGAAUACCUUACUUUGUUCGGGUCGUUGAUUCUGGUGCUUCUGGAAUGGAUCAUUCAUAUCAUUACCUUCUGUCUUCCUGAGCUAAUCAUCAACUUUUGCUAUGAGCGGUCGAAGACUAUCUUCAACUUGGUCAUAACCCCUGAGAGACCAGAGAAGCAGGGGAGGAGGAAACGGCGUGCAAGUGCCGUUGCCCACGCCUCUGAUUUCGCGGAAAUAUGCUCCAUUUAUGGUUAUGAGGCGGAGGAGCACAUCGUUCAAACUGGAGACGGAUAUCUGCUGGGUCUCCACCGACUACCGCAUCGCAAAGGCGAGGAGUCUCAAACUGUCAACCAAGGCGAAGGGAGCACAAAGAAGAAAGUCGUAUAUCUCCACCAUGGCUUGAUGAUGUGCAGCGAGGUUUGGGUCUGCUUGACUGAUGAGGAGCGCUGUCUUCCUUUUCAGUUAGUGGAAAGAGGGUACGACGUCUGGUUGGGAAACAACCGGGGGAAUAAAUAUUCCAAGAAGUCUACCAGACAUUCUCCGCUAUCAAACGAAUUCUGGGACUUUUCCAUUGACCAGUUCGCUUUUCACGAUAUUCCGGACAGCAUCAAUUACAUUCUUGAUCUGACAGGGCAGCCCUCUUUGUCAUAUAUCGGCUUUUCUCAGGGAACGGCUCAAGCCUUCGCAACUCUUUCGAUUCACCCCCAGUUGAACCAGAAAAUUGACGUCUUCGUUGCCCUUGCACCUGCAAUGGCCCCCGCGCGCAUCUCCAAUCCUGUCGUUGAUUCCCUUAUGAAAGCUUCGCCAAACUUCCUGUUUUUACUCUUCGGCCGACGCAGUAUUCUUAGCUCAACCACAAUGUGGCAGACCAUCCUUUACCCGCCAAUAUUCAUGCGGAUUAUUGACACGUCGCUCUCCUUCCUCUUCAAUUGGAAGUGCAAGAAUAUCAGCCAUGAUCAAAAGUUGGCAGGUUAUCUCCACCUCUUCUCAUUCACUAGUACCAAGUCUGUGGUACACUGGUUUCAGAUAAUCCGCAAUAGGAACUUCCAGUUCUACGAUGACGAGAUAUAUGCACCAUUCAGCAUCGUGGCAAGUGAGCGAUUCUACAAGCCAGUCAAGUAUCCCACGAAGAAUAUCAAAACGCCAAUUGUCUUGUUGUACGGCGGCAGCGAUAGCCUUGUCGAUAUCGAUGUGAUGCAGAAAGAACUUCCGCGUGGAACAACGGCCAAGAUAAUUACGAAGUACGAGCACUUGGAUUUUCUCUGGGCCAGUGAUGUGUCCGAGUUGGUUUUUGGCCAUGUGUUCGAAGCUCUGGAUCGAUAUGGCCCCACAAAAAGGCUUCCGGAUGGGAGUGUUAAUGGGCUUAUCAAUGGCGCCUGA